UCAAUAUAGUGUAGCCCCGAACCGGACCAACCGGUUCAUCUCUCUCUCCUCACCUACUCUCUCUCUCUCUCUCUAAAACCAAAAAUGCCAAAGCCACCCACCAACCAAACCACCCACUUCUCUUAGCAUCACCUCUCUUCUCCUCCAACCUCAUCAGACCAUCCAUGGCUUCCACUGCCCACCAUUUCUGCUCAUCUCUCUCCACCAAAGCUUCAAUCUUUAACCCAAAUUCCAGCUCCUCCGACCUCUUUCUUCGUCUCCACACUCCCAACUCCCUCUCACUUCGCUCCUCCUCUAUUUCCCCGAGUUCGAUUGAGUUGACUCGUGUUGCGAACUCGGCUUUGUCCAGGUCCAGUUCCAGGAUAUGUGCUAGCUUGGCCCACGUUAUGGAUCAGUCUUUGGGUUCAAAAGCUCCCACCAUUGUUGAGGUUGAUUUGGGUAAUCGGAGUUAUCCAAUUUAUAUUGGGUCUGGUCUUCUUGAUCAACCAGAGCUUCUUCAAAGGCAUGUUCAUGGGAAGAAGGUUCUUGUAGUCACUAACACUACGGUUGCGCCAUUGUAUUUGGAAAAAGUUGUUGAUGCCUUGACCAGAGGAAACCCGAAUGUGACUGUUGAAAGUGUGAUUUUACCCGAUGGCGAACAGUAUAAGAACAUGGAAACUCUCAUGAAAGUCUUUGAUAAGGCGAUUGAGUCGCAAUUGGACCGAAAAUGUACAUUUGUUGCUCUUGGAGGUGGUGUGAUUGGUGAUAUGUGUGGCUAUGCUGCUGCUUCUUUCCUUCGCGGUGUUAAUUUCAUUCAGAUACCGACUACUGUCAUGGCACAGGUUGAUUCUUCGGUUGGGGGAAAAACUGGGAUAAACCAUCCUUUGGGGAAGAAUUUAAUUGGCGCAUUUUACCAACCUCAAUGUGUACUCAUAGACACAGACACAUUGAACACAUUGCCCGAAAGGGAAUUGGCAUCGGGUCUUGCAGAGGUCAUUAAGUACGGUUUGAUUAGGGAUGCAGAGUUUUUCGAGUGGCAAGAGAAGAACAUGAAGGCAUUGCUGGCUAGGGAUCCAAAUGCAAUGAGUUACGCUAUCAAGCGUUCGUGUGAAAACAAGGCCGAGGUUGUGUCCCAAGACGAGAAGGAAAGUGGUUUGAGGGCAACAUUGAAUUUGGGUCAUACAUUUGGCCAUGCAAUAGAAACCGGGAUGGGCUAUGGAGAAUGGCUCCAUGGGGAAGCAGUUGCAGCCGGCACGGUUAUGGCUGUUGACAUGUCCUACAGACUCGGGUGGAUAGACGAGUCACUUGUAAAGCGAGUUCGUAACAUUCUAGAACAAGCUAAGUUACCUAUUGCCCCUCCCGAAAUCAUGACCGUGGAGAUGUUCAAAUCCGUUAUGGCGGUUGACAAGAAAGUAGCUGAUGGAUUACUAAGACUGAUUCUUCUUAAGGGUCCUCUAGGCAACUGUGUUUUCACAGGUGAUUAUGAUAGAAAAGCACUCAAUGAAACACUCCAUGCAUUUACCAAGUCAUAAUUUGUAACUAAUGUAACUAAUUUGUUACAAACUUUUGAGUGCCUUUUUAUUUUUCUUUUCAUAAUUUUAAUUUUGAUUUGUAAGAGCCUUUUUAUUACCA